GUUCGUUUAGGGAGCUAGAGUAUGAAACGAUUAUCGCGUCGAGUCUGCGUCGACGCACCCUGUCUAUCGGUGCUGUGGAAUUGGCAUCGAUGAAUAAGUGCGUGCUCCCCGGCCCGGGGUCGCAGAGACGUCACAGUGCAGUGGACGGAACUACAGCUGCCUCUCGAGUCGAAUGAUUGAUACCGGAAUCGUUGGUCAGCUGAAGAAUCAUUCAUCCUUACGGUAAAAAACUGCCUUAUAGCGCUGGGUAAGGUGCUGCAUCAGAGAUAAUGGCGCCUAGGAUGUGGAGAUACGUACAAGAUACGUACGCCGGAUCUCGCCGUGACCUACUAUGGUAAUAUCUUCGGAAACUUUCAGCGGCAAGGUUAGAUGAGUAGGCUGUUCCUGUCAGCGGUCUUCUCGGCGCUUAUGUUUAUGAUGCUUCGGUAUGACAUGCCUCGAGCAUGCUGGGCGUACCCUGGGUCUUAUCAUGCGUGCUAGUCGUUGCCUGACGUUCGCCCUAUGCCUCAGUCCCCAUCAUGUCCUACAGUCAGGACAAUGAGACAUGGGCGAAGCUAGCAAACCAUGUGCUUGUUGCCGCGUACAGCAACGGCUCCCCAGAGUCGAGAUGUCUUCCCGGGACUCGCACGCAGCUUCUUUCGGAUAUCACGAAUCAUUUGGAUAAGCAGUCUCGUAAUGUCAUAUGGCUUCACGGAGCAGUUGGGACCGGCAAGACAGCGGUGGCCCUUUCUAUCGUAGACAAACUGAAGAAGGACGAUCGGCUGGCUGGUUGCUUCUUCUUUUCUCGGAAAGACACUCGGCGCCAAUCACUCAGCUCCGUUCUUCCAACCAUCGCCUAUCAGCUUGGUGUCGGCCAUCCCCGUGCACGAGAAGCCGUAGUGCGCGCCCUCGAAAAGGAUCCUAGCCUUCUUAACAAGGAAUGCUCUUACUUGGAGCAACUUGUCCCCCUCUUUGUCGAACCUCUCCAGGAGCUU